CCCUGACAUUCUGCUGCCUGACCACAUGCAUUAUUUUUGAACUGGCCCCCAGAUCCUGCCUCUAGUCCUGCCUCUUGACUUUUUCUGGGAUUCGGCCACCCAGGAUCUCCGUUCUCUCCUCCUGCUCCCCAGCCGGCUGCAGCAGUACAACAUCCAUCCCCCUGCCCUCCCUGCCCCCAGAGACUGGUUGCCUCCUCCCUUCCAGGGCACACGAUGGCUUUGCCCUUUUAUCAGAGGUCCCACCAGCACUAUGAUCUCAGUUACCGUAACAAGGACCUGCGCACCACCAUGAGCCACUACCAACAGGAGAAGAAGCGCUCUGCCAUCUACACCCAUGGCUCCACCGCCUACAGCAGCCGGUCCUCUGCCGCACACCGCCAGGAGUCAGAGGCCUUUAGUCAAGCGUCAGCCGCCUCCUACCAGCAGCAGGCUGCGCAGGCCUACAGUCUUGGAGCGUCCCAGUACUCUCGAGGGUCUGAAGUCAGCCGGAAGACAGCCUCGGCAUACGAUUAUGGCUCUUCCCACAGACGUACAGAUUCCAGUCUGCUGUUAGAAGAUUAUUCAUCCAAGUUGAGCCCCCAAAUAAAGAGAGCCAAGCGGAGCCUUCUGUCUGGAGAGGAGACAGAAAACUUGCCAGGAAACUACAUGGUGCCUAUUUACUCUGGACGCCAAGUGCACAUCAGUGGGGUCAGAGACACCGAGGAGGAAAGAAUCAAAGAAGCUGCUGCGUACAUAGCCCAGAGGACUCUUCUGGCGAGCGAGGAAGCCAUCGCAGCCUCCAAGCAGGCCACAGCCUCCAAGCAGUCCAAAGUGUCCAAACAGGCCACAUCCUCCCUUCAACGAGAAGAAACAUUGGAAAAGAAGUCGAGGAGCGUGGUAAUUCGAGAGAAAGCAGAGGAGCUGUCGCUGAGGAAAACACUAGAAGAGACCCAAGCAUAUCAUGGAAAGCUAAACGAAGACCAUCUACUCCACGCUCCCGAAUUUAUCAUUAAACCUCGUUCUCACACCGUUUGGGAGAACGAAAAUGUGAAAUUACAUUGCUCCGUUGCAGGCUGGCCGGAACCUCGUCUCACAUGGUAUAAAAACCAGGUGCCUAUCAAUGUCCAUGCAAACCCGGGAAAGUACAUCAUUGAAAGUCGGUAUGGAAUGCACACUCUUGAGAUCAGCAAAUGUGACUUUGAAGACACGGCUCAGUACCGGGCCUCAGCGAUGAAUGUUCAGGGAGAGCUCUCGGCAUACGCCUCUGUUGUGGUCAAGAGAUACAAGGGGGAGUUGGAUGAGACUCACUUCCGUGCGGGAGCGUCCAUGCCUCUCAGCUUUGCUGUGACCCCUUACGGUUAUGCAUCCAAGUUUGAGAUCCACUUCGAUGACAAGUUUGAUGUGUCUUUUGGGAGAGAAGGAGAGACGAUGAGUCUGGGCUGUCGUGUGGUCAUCACUCCCGAAAUUAAACACUUCCAGCCCGAGGUCCAGUGGUACAGAAAUGGAGCACCUGUUUCUCCGUCGAAAUGGGUGGAAACGCACUGGAGUGGAGACCGGGCAACGCUCACGUUCUCUCACCUCAACAAAGAAGACGAAGGCCUCUACACAAUCCGGGUGCGGAUGGGAGAGUAUUAUGAACAAUACAGCGCUUACGUCUUUGUUCGAGAUGCUGAUGCAGAGAUUGAAGGAGCCCCCGCAGCACCCUUGGAUGUGGUGUCUUUGGAUGCUAACAAAGAUUACAUCAUAAUCUCUUGGAAGCAGCCAGCUGUGGAUGGAGGGAGCCCUAUCCUUGGAUACUUUAUUGAUAAGUGUGAGGUGGGCACAGACAGCUGGUCUCAAUGUAACGACACACCCGUGAAGUUUGCCCGGUUUCCAGUCACUGGUUUGAUAGAAGGGCGUUCCUACAUAUUCCGAGUUCGAGCUGUGAAUAAAACUGGAAUAGGCCUGCCGUCUCGAGUUUCUGAGCCCGUGGCUGCCCUGGAUCCGGCUGAGAAAGCUAGACUUAAAAGCCGUCCUUCAGCACCCUGGACCGGACAGAUCAUCGUCACUGAAGAGGAACCCACAGGACUUUCAGUUAUGUGCCACUUGAAACCAGCUGGAAUUGUUUCUCAGCUCAUUGAGGGGGUCAUUCCCGGCCCCCCCACAGACCUCUCUGUCACUGAGGCCACCCGGAGCUACGUAGUGCUGAGCUGGAAACCUCCUGGCCAGCGUGGUCACGAGGGCAUUAUGUACUUUGUAGAGAAGUGUGACGUGGGAACAGAAAACUGGCAGCGUGUCAACACAGAACUCCCAGUCAAAUCUCCUCGCUUUGCUCUGUUCGAUUUGGUGGAGGGGAAAUCUUACCGCUUCCGCGUCCGCUGUUCCAAUUCAGCAGGAGUCGGUGAACCCUCGGAGGCGACAGAAGUGACGGUCGUAGGGGACAAGCUUGAUAUCCCCAAGGCCCCUGGAAAAAUCAUCCCAAGUAGAAACACAGACACCUCAGUGGUGGUUUCCUGGGAGGAGUCCAAAGAUGCCAAAGAACUAGUUGGGUACUACAUCGAGUCCAGUGUGGUUGGCUCUGGCAAGUGGGAGCCCUGCAACAACAACCCUGUGAAGGGCUCACGAUUUACUUGCCAUGGAUUGGCGACUGGUCAGAGCUACAUUUUCCGGGUCAGAGCAGUGAACGCCGCUGGACUUAGUGACUAUUCCCAGGAUUCGGAAGCCAUUGAAGUCAAAGCUGCUAUUGGGGGAGGAGUCUCUCCAGAUGUGUGGCUUCAACUGAGUGAUGCGCCUGCUGGACUAACAGACCCCAGGGGGGGCGUGAAUGGAGCCUCCCCACCAACCUCUCAAAAAGAUGCUUUGCUCAGUAGCAAACCUAACACACCUUCACCACCCAGUAGCCCUCCCAGCCCGGGCCAGGCAGAAGUGAGUAAAGUAAGUGAAUCAGUUCAGGAGGAACUCAGCCCGCCAUCACAGAAGGCAGCUCCCAAGGAGCAAAGUAAAUCUGAGUCCCCGAAAAAGAAGAAGGACCCAGUAGCGGCACCAUCUCCACCCUAUGACAUCAUUUGCCUUGAAAGUUUUCGGGACUCAAUGGUUCUUGGAUGGAAGCAACCGGACACAACUGGAGGGGCGGAGAUCACGGGCUAUUACGUGAACUACCGUGAGGUAACUGGUGGGGUGCCCGGAAAAUGGAGAGAAGCCAACAUCAAGGCCGUCAGCGACGCCGCGUACAAGAUUAGCAAUUUGAAGGAAAACACAGUGUACCAGUUCCAAGUGUCAGCCAUGAACAUCGCUGGGCUGGGAGCACCCUCUGCAGUGAGUGAGUGUUUCAAGUGUGAAGAAUGGACCAUUGCUGUUCCAGGACCACCGCACAGCCUGAAGCUCAGCGAAGUCAGGAAGAACUCCCUGGUUCUCCAGUGGAAGCCUCCAGUCUACUCAGGGCGGACUCCAGUCACUGGUUACUUUGUGGACCUGAAGGAAGCCAGCGCCAAAGAUGACCAAUGGCGAGGUCUCAAUGAGGCAGCCCUUGGGAACACAUAUCUGAGGGUGAAAGGCCUCACAGAGGGUGUCAGCUACGUGUUCCGCGUGCGUGCCAUCAACCAGGCGGGCGUUGGGAAGCCUUCUGAGCUUGCUGGCCCUGUUGUGGCAGAAACACGUCCAGGUACCAAAGAGGUUGUUGUAAAUGUGGACGAUGAUGGAGUCAUUUCCUUGAACUAUGAAUGUGAUCAGAUGACUCCCAAGUCAGAAUUCGUCUGGUCCAAAGAUUAUGUACCUACUGAAGACUCUCCACGAGUGGAAGUUGAAAGCAAAGGCAAUAAGACAAAAAUGACCUUCCAAGACCUCGGGACGGACGACCUGGGCACCUAUUCUUGUGAUGUGACAGACACGGAUGGGAUAGCAUCAAGCUACUUGAUAGAUGAAGAAGAAAUGAAGCGUCUGCUUGCCCUCAGCCAGGAACACAAGUUCCCAACUGUCCCAACUAAGUCAGAGUUGGCAGUUGAAAUUUUGGAGAAAGGUCAGGUCCGGUUUUGGAUGCAGGCUGAGAAGCUGUCUGGCAAUGCCAAAGUCAACUAUAUAUUUAAUGAGAAGGAAAUUUUUGAAGGGCCGAAAUACAAGAUGCACAUUGACCGAAACACUGGCGUGAUUGAAAUGUUCAUGGAGAAGUUGCAGGAUGAGGACGAGGGCACGUACACAUUCCAGAUCCAAGAUGGGAAAGCAACCGGCCAUUCUACUCUUGUUCUCAUCGGAGACGUUUACAAGAAGCUCCAGAAAGAGGCUGAAUUCCAGCGACAAGAAUGGAUCAGGAAACAAGGCCCACAUUUUGCUGAGUACUUGAGCUGGGAAGUGACUGGCGAAUGUAACGUGCUAUUGAAAUGCAAGGUGGCAAAUAUUAAAAAAGAGACUCACAUUGUGUGGUACAAAGAUGAGCGGGAGAUAUCAGUGGAUGAGAAGCAUGACUUUAAGGAUGGCAUUUGUACUCUGCUCAUCACAGAGUUUUCCAAGAAAGAUGCUGGAUUUUAUGAAGUUAUCCUGAAAGAUGACCGAGGAAAAGAUAAGAGCAGACUGAAACUUGUGGAUGAAGCCUUCCAGGAACUGAUGACUGAAGUAUGCAGGAAGAUAGCUUUGUCGGCUACAGACCUGAAAAUCCAGAGCACAGCGGAGGGCAUCCGGCUGUACUCCUUUGUCACUUACUACCUGGAUGAUCUGAAAGUUAACUGGUCCCACAAUGGGACUGGCAUAAAGUACACAGACAGAGUUAAGAGUGGGGUCACUGGGGAGCAGAUCUGGCUGCAGAUCAAUGAGCCCACUCCAAAUGACAAAGGCAAAUACGUAAUGGAGCUCUUUGAUGGCAAGACUGGACACCAGAAGACAGUGGAUCUUUCUGGACAAGCAUUUGAUGAAGCCUUUGCUGAAUUCCAAAGGUUAAAACAAGCUGCCAUUGCGGAAAAAAAUCGGGCCCGGGUGUUGGGUGGCCUCCCUGAUGUUGUCACCAUCCAGGAGGGCAAGGCACUCAAUCUCACUUGUAACGUGUGGGGCGACCCAACCCCUGAGGUGUCCUGGCUGAAAAACGAGAAGCCACUGGCCUCCGAUGACCACUGCAGCCUCAAGUUUGAGGCCGGGAAGACGGCCUUCUUCACCAUCUCAGGGGUGAGCACCGCGGAUUCUGGCAAGUACGGGCUGGUAGUGAAGAACAAGUACGGCUCCGAGACCAGCGACUUCACGGUCAGCGUGUUCAUCCCGGAGGAGGAAGCUCGCAAGGGCGCCUCCGAGCCCCAGAAAGGCAACCACAAGUCCAAGUGAGCGGAGACUGGCUGGAGCUGAGGAGAGCCAGGGCCCGCUGAGCCACCCACCCACCAUGCUGCUGGGGUGAAAACGAUCUGGGUGACAGAUGGGGAAGGGCUCCUGGUGUCUCCCCGUUUUCUGCUGGCCCGGGAGGAAGUUAUCAUCAGAUCUCUUAUUCAUACAUAUGAGGCACCGAUUAGUGACACUCUAAGGAUUUUUCUCUGCAGUUCAUAUGGUAAAGCACUUUAGGAAAUGGUUUGAAGGAAGAAGGCCGGGAGAUGGUGGAGAGAUGUUGAGUGAGGGCAGAAGAAACGGGGCAGAGUUGGAAGCAGAUGAAGUUUUACCUGUAGGUUCUUAGGGGUGGUGUCUGCACUUGCCAUUCAGUGAAAACAGAAGCACACUGUGGAGGCCGCGAGUGUGGCUGGUCACUGCCACUGUAGUGAUGGUGCCUUUCUGACGGCAGCCUCGUGAUGUGGCCUCCCUCCGUAUGAAUAAAGAGUCUCCUGCCUUUCCUCUUC